UAUCAGAGUGAACUAUUUAGCCUCGAUCCAGAAACCUACAUGCAGGCUUAAACCUGUUGCCCCGAACCCAACAUACCGGUGCUGCCAGAACAAACUUGUGUUUUGUUUGUUUGUUUGUGGCUAACUGCUACGUUUUCAAAAGUUGUAUGUUUAAAUUAAGUAGCAUGGUCUGUGCAGUCUGUAGCGUAAACGUCUAAGUGACCCAUCAGGAGGUAAGAAAUAUAGGAAAUGUGGGCUAAUAGUCAGUUCUGUUUUUGUAGUAAGUGUGGCACUGGUAAUAACUCAUAUUUUACAUAAUUUUUGUAAUUUUUUAGUAGGCCUAGUGGUUUACCUGCGUUUAAUUUCAAAAAAUACUAUUGACUUAGAUUCUCAUUUAAACUAAUGCGGAAGUGUGCGUAGCGCAGCAGCACUGUUGGCAGUGUAUUACGGUUGUCGAGCUAGGGUUUAACCCUUAACUCGGGGUUGAAACAACGUGGGAUAGGCGAAUGCAAGAACCUUCCCCUAACAACAUUUUAACUGCUUUUGUCACGUUAGCGCCGCUCGACUUUAAGAAGAAACUGUCACCCUGCUAAAGAAUGAGGUGAAGUUGUCUCUCUUAAAGACACAGCACGCUGUGUUCUGUCUGAGGCGAGGUUGCCGGAGGUGCGUGUCUCUUUAAUAGCCGUGGGGAACUUUCAUGAAACGGUGAUGAAACUGGGGUCUCUGAGGGUGUCCUCUGGAGCGUGUGGUCCACGGAAGCGGGCCUCUUAGUUGAUUUUUCUGGUGCCUACAGGAACCGAGUGGCGACCUUUGGAUCUACCGGAGUCGAGCACGAGGAGGCAGCUCCUUCGACCUCGGUGGCAAUUGGCUACUCGCGCACUCUCGCGACUCCCAUUGCCUUGGUCUUUAUCUAUUAAUUUACUAUCACGCGUCCUGCAAAGACUACAGCCAGACGAGACACACAUAGGCUACGUAUUCAGUUCACUGCACACACCAGCCACGCACGCACUCUGCGGCGCGUGUACGCUCGUACUCAGGCAACCCAAAGUCCCUCCCGUGUCGUCACCAAUCAUCGGCAUGUCUGAAGAUUAACAAGACUAUCAGACUCACUGCAGAGCGAGAGAUCACAGACUACAUAACCGACUUCCCCGUGUGUUGAGUCGGAUUGGAAACCUGUCCCUCACCGCAGACACAGCAUUGGAUCGCGGACAGUAAACAGAAUCGCUAGUUGUAGGCUACAGCCUACAGUGUCACCGGGAGAUGACGGAGAAACGGAUGUCGCGGUGGUACUUCGGGGGGCUUGCCUCCUGCGGGGCAGCCUGCUGCACGCACCCUCUGGACCUCAUCAAGGUCCACCUCCAGACUCAGCAGGAGGUGAAGAUGAAGAUGGUCGGCAUGGCGAUGCACGUGGUGAAGAACGAUGGUCUGCUGGCUCUCUACAGCGGCCUCAGUGCCUCCCUCUGCAGACAGAUGUCCUACUCCCUGACCAGGUUUGCUAUUUAUGAGACAGUGAGGGACAUGCUGGGCAGCAGUAACCAGGGGCCCAUGCCCUUCUACCAGAAGGUGCUGCUGGGAGCCUUCGGAGGCUUCACUGGUGGGUUCAUCGGUACUCCUGCAGACAUGGUUAACGUCAGGAUGCAGAAUGAUGUCAAACUGCCCCCUGAACUCAGGAGGAACUACAAGCAUGCUGUGGAUGGACUUGUCAGGGUGUUCAGAGAAGAGGGGAUGAGGAAGCUGUUCUCAGGAGCCACCAUGGCCUCCAGUAGAGGAGCUCUGGUCACAGUGGGACAGUUGGCGUGCUAUGACCAGGCCAAGCAGCUGGUUCUGGGGACGGGCAUGAUGGGAGACAACAUCCUCACUCACUUCCUGUCCAGCUUCAUCGCAGGUGGCUGUGCCACCUUCCUGUGCCAGCCUCUGGAUGUGAUGAAGACCAGACUGAUGAGCUCUAAAGGAGAGUACACGGGAGUGCUCCACUGUCUGAGAGAAACUGCCAGGCUGGGACCUUCAGCCUUCUACAAGGGUCUGGUUCCAGCAGGGAUCCGUCUGGUCCCUCACACAGUUCUGACCUUCAUCUUCCUGGAGCAGCUGAAGAACCAGUUUGGCAUCCGGGUCAUCUCCUGAGCACAUGACCCCUGACCUCUUGAUUGAUCGCUUCUCUGCCCAGUCAAACUUGGAGGAAGGAGGGAGAGAGGAAGGAGAGAUGAGGGAGGGAGGAGGGAGAGAGGGCAGGUGUCAUUCCUUUUGAUCUAUCUCUCCCUCCCUCUCUCCUUCCAUCCUUCUAUGCUGCAACUCAAUUUGACGGUAAGCAACGGUUAAUGUUCUCACGCCACAACCAGUCACCGUGGGGAUAUCCAUAGCUACCUCCCUCAAAGCCAGGGGGGAGUGGUCUCCAGCUGUACCCCGAGCCGUGACAUCAUCAUUACGAGACUGUACCCCAAGUCAUGACAUCAUCAACACGAGACUGUACCCUGAGCCCAUGUCAUCAUCAUCAACUGUAACUAUUGAUGGUCUCUUUAACAGUGUAGCCCACAUUCACCUUCUGAAUGAAUGACAUCUUUGGUUACGAAGAGCUUAAAAAGAUGUAUGUAGUUACAAAAUGAAAAAGUAAUAUUUUAAGCUAAUUAUUUUUGAAAGAACUGUAAGGCUAACCUAAAUCAUGUUACAUUGAUAUAAAAGUAUAACAUACUAAUAACAUAGGACAUGUAAAUCAAUAACAUACCCGAUAAUGUCUAUGUACACUACAACACACCUUGAUGCAAAACAUUCAUCUUACAGCAAGGGAGUAGAAACACACACACACUUGCUAACAUUUCAGAAACAUCUCUUAUUGUCUAACUAGGCUGGAUGUUUCCUUGUACUGUGGAGUAGGAAGACUUGAGACUUUCUCACUUUGCACGUAAUGUAUGGGAGUGACGGUGACAUAAGGGGUCAUCACCUUUAUUUGCAUUCAGCUCUGUGCGUUUCCAUGAUGUGCCUGCCACAGACACACAGUAAAGUUAUCCAUAGUUGUAGUUUGCUGAAGCCUCUGCUAGCUGGUGAAUCUAGACUUUAUACACCUGAUUCAACAGAGAAAGAGUUCUAGCUGUUCCCGUCUGUGCCAGCCUGUUGGGGUGCCCUACCGCCAGUGACCUGCAGGGGGCAGUGCGGUGCUGUGAGUGAGUGGGAACCGUGUGGAUGAAUCGAGUGAAUGGAUACAAAUACUACUGCUUGAGGAAAUGUGUGUGUUCAUGUCCUGCUUUAUAGAAUAAUGUGAUUUGACUAGUCGGGUACUGGGAACUAUGCACUCGAAUGAGACUGGAAGAAUUCUGAACUAAUUUGUUUGUAUUAAUUUGUCAAUUGUGAACAAAAUGUUUUUUUGGGAAAUAAAUGACUAAUAAAAUGCCUUUGUU